AAGAAGACCAUGUACAAACGUGAAAAAUCACUCACAUUAUAUAUCUACACCUAAUCGUUUUUAAUCUUGACAUAACUACUAAUUAACAAACAAGCCGGUAGGUCAACGAGACUGUAGUUUAAUAAAUGAACAGUUAUAUCAAAGGAAAGUCUGUUUCUACAUAGUCAAUACAUUCCCCUACAGGAACAAACCCCAGGGUCCAGACUAAGUCGUAUCUAACAACUAAAGAAGAUGAUUUGCACCUGACUGAUGUAAUACAUUGCUUCACAUUGCAUGUUGACAUGACUGUUUCGCUAAUAUUUUAAUACCUUGUUGUGUCCUGAUUACUGAGGGAUUAAUAAUUAAUCAGAAGAAAAUUGUUUCUCUCAUGUAUUGUAAAAAUCUAAGCAAUAAAGUCUAUCGCGACGUGCGAUCGAUCCGGGUAAUCUCUUGAAUGUGACGAACAAGUGUAUCACGGAGCAUGUUUGGAUAGGACAAUAAGUUUGUAUUUAAAUAUGAAAUAAUGUUUUAUUGAUGGAUUUUAUAGAAUGGAAUUAUGGCUAUCACAUGAUCUAGUUUAUAUUUAGCUUUACCUGUUCACAAAUUUACCUGUAUUGAAAUAACGUUUUAGUGUAUAUCAAAUACCCAGGAGAAGGAAUUUUAAAUUUUAUAAACAGUCAUGGAUGACUGCAGAUUUGUGUGAUUGAAAACGAUCUACAAUGUCGUUUUGGGGUUCAAUUUGUGCAACUAUAAUCGCCAUUAUCCACCCGGAACAAACCAUGGAAUAUAUCAUGUCCAUGUAGAAUAAGCAGAUUAUAUGAAAUUAUGAGAGAAGUUUAGCACCUAUGGAAAAUGAGAUUUCAUUUAAGGAAACUAGUGACUUACGUUGUUGCAGCUUUGGUUCUGUUUGUAGUUAUCAAUUUUUAUGGUAAUAAUACAUGGAUGUUUGAAAGUAACGAAGCACCAUGGGGACCAAGUAUGACAAAGCACAUCCCAAUUAAGCCAAAAUAUUCCGGGAAAAUAGUGCACGAACAUGUGAUUCUUGGCAACAAAAACCAUUCCAAAAGCAAAUUCGCUAAUGCAUCUAAAUUGGGGUCUGAAUUUGGAUUAAAAAGAGAAGAAGCAUUUGUCCUUGAAGACAAAGAAAAAAAUCCUUUCGGAAAGAAAGUCUCGUAUGAUGGCGUUGAAGGUCGCGUGUGGUUCAGUAACGAUUACUAUGACGAUGAUCGAAUUGUGGCUCAAAUGCGAUAUAAACCUCCGCACAUUAUCGAAGCAGAGAAAAAAAAAGAACAAGUGCCUUUAAAGACUAUAUUAUUAUAUCAUGGUUUUGGUGGUUGGGCUUUAAAAAAAGGCCAGAAAACAUUUCAAGAUCAACAGUGUCCCGUCCAACAAUGUACAGUGACAGAUGACCGUCGGUCAGCAGAAACAGCAGAUGCUGUCAUGUUCCAUCAUUCUCCUAGCAAACCAUGGACUAAACGACCAAAUAAUCAGAUAUGGAUAUUAUUUUUGUUAGAAUCACCUUAUCAUACACCAGGUCUUUCAGGCUUUAAUAACGUAUUUAAUUGGACAGCAAGUUAUAGACAUGAUUCUAUAAUAGUUGCACCUUAUGAAAAAAUGGUUCCACACGACCCAAAUGUGAUAACAAAAAAACAAGAUAAAAACUAUGCAGUGGGAAAAACAAAAAAAGUGGCAUGGUUUGUUUCAAACUGUGGAGCUCGCAAUGGACGCAGACAGUAUGCAGAUGAGCUAGGCAAAUAUAUACAGGUCGAUAUUUAUGGAGCAUGUGGUCCCUAUAAAUGUCCACGCCAUAACUCAGAACAUUGUUUCAAUAUGUUAGACAAAGAUUAUAAAUUUUAUUUGUCAUUUGAAAACUCAAACUGCCGUGAUUACAUCACUGAAAAGUUUUUUGUCAACGGUUUAUCACAUGACGUUGUUCCAAUAGUAAUGGGGGCACAUCCCAAUGAUUACAAACGAGCAGCGCCACCACAUUCAUUCAUUCAUAUUGAAGAUUUUGAUUCACCUAAAGAUCUGGCUGCAUACCUUCAUAAACUGGACAAAAACGAUGAUUUAUAUAAUGAAUAUUUUCAAUGGAAAGGUACAGCGGGUACAGUGAACACUUUCUAUUGGUGUAGGAUAUGUUCUAUGUUACAUGCCGCUCCCAGUCAUAAACCAAUGUCCUAUAGAGAUAUAAACCGAUGGUGGCGAGGUGAUGGCGUCUGUAUAGGACAGAGCAAAUGGAAAGAUCAACCAGAAAGAAAAGAAAUAAUAGAUAAUUAUUUUGGAGAUGUUUAAGUUCUCCUUUUCUUUCCUAUACAUAGGAUAAUCUGAAAAAUAUACAUUUGUUGAGGGUGACUGCAGAGAUAUAGUACCCUAUAUAUGACUCUGGUUACAUUACAUGUAACUUUGUAAAACUAUUUGAAGUAAGGGGAAAAGAUCUUGAAAUCCAAGUUUAGUGACUUUCAUCCAAAGUUCUUAGUAUGAUUGGUAUUAAAGAGUGGCUUAGACAUUAUGCUAGAUAAGGUAACCUUGAACAAAUAUUUUUUCUUUGCCUGAAGUUGAUUUAAACAGGUAAAUUUAUUAUUAUAAAAAAAGGGGUUCAAUAUAGUAUGUAGAUCAAUGAUAAUUAAUUUUUUUCAAAACAUUUUUUUAAAUACAUACAUUUUUGUUGAUUUAAGCUACACAUUAAGACACCUCUUUGUAUAACUUCUUCAUAAUUUUGACUUUGUGUUACUGCUGGUUUUAAGUUAAAAACAAAAUAAUGUAUGCAAACAAAUUUGUACAUACCAUUUUGUGCCACAUGCAAAACCACAUUAGUACAUGUAAUUUACUAGGUACUCAUUUAAUUUGGUUUGUACAGGUUUCUGAACAAGAGAAUUUGGUUUGUACAGGUUUCUGAACAAGAAAACAAGUUUGGAAUGAUUGUUUAUAAGAAUACUCAUUUUAUGUUGCAAUGAGAAAUCCCAGUUUCAAAAGUUCAAUUUAUUUUCAUUAUAUUAUUACUUUUUCCUUGUUUGUUUAUUUGUUUGUUUGUUAUGACUUUCUGAUGAGAAGAAGUAUGUUAUUUUGUUUCUAUAUUUUAAGUGAUUUAAGAAUAUUUACAAGAACUUGUUUAUUUAUUUUGUUUUUCUGUGUUAUAAUUUUCCAUUUCAAGCAACUCAACUGAGAUUUAUUUUUGAAGUCAAGUAAAGUUGAGUAAAAAUGAGAUGACAUCUUAACCCAAUGUCAUUGGUGUUGUAAAAUACUUUAAAAGUAGUGACAUACAGAUUAUCUGGGUGUUUUUCAAAGGUGAAAAUGUAUCUGAAGUACAUAUACCUUAACUUGUAGCCAACAACUUACCAAAAACUCUUGUUUUUCAGAUCCAUAGCCAUAAAAUAACCUUAAGGAUAUUCAUUUAAGUGAUUUAUCAAUGGCCACUUAAUGCAAAUUAAUACUUUGCUAAGGUCUUUAAACCAUGUUUUUUUAGGUGGGGAAUUGUUUCACAAUAAUACAUCUUUUGAUCCUUUUCUUG